AAAAGAGAAGUACAACAAAGUGUCAUCCUAAAAAAAUUGUUGAGGCGGACGAAUUCAUUGCUUGAUUUUUUGAUUUUUGGAAGAAAUUUGUUUUUUUUUACGGAAAUAAAGAAUCAAAGUAACGAAACUAGGCGGAAAUUGAUUGAAAGCGGUGAGAACAUUGUUUUGUUGUCGUUUAAGAUCCCGAUGAUACCCAGUUAAGAAAUUACGACUGAAAAAGUUAGAAUCUCUGUUUAGUUUUUCGAAGAAAAAAAUUAUCCAGAAAGAGUUAACUCAGCCACGAUGGACAGUCCAUGUGAAUCGGAAAGUUCCUUGGACAGUGGGUCAACAAUGCUUCCGCCGUCUCCCGUUUCCAGGGAACAUCUACAAAAACGAAUCGAAUCGUUGACUCAACAGAACAGAGUUCUUAAAGUAGAGCUAGAGACGUAUAAAAUCCGGGUCAAAGUUUUACAGGAAGAAAAUCGUACACUCCGUCAAGCAUCCGUAACAAUUCAAGCUAAGGCUGAACAGGAGGAAGAAUUUAUAUCGAACACAUUGCUGAAGAAAAUUCAAGCUCUCAAAAAAGAGAAAGAAACGUUGGCUCAUCACUAUGAGCGCGAAGAAGAAUGUCUGACGAAUGAUUUAUCUCGCAAAUUGGAUCAGUUACGGCAGGAAAAGUGUAAGCUCGAACAAACACUGGAACAAGAGCAAGAAUGUUUGGUAAACAAAUUGAUGCGAAAAAUCGAGAAACUCGAGGCCGAAACAUUGGCCAAACAGACCAAUUUGGAGCAGUUGCGUCGUGAAAUGGUUGAAUUAGAGAAUACACUCGAACAGGAACAAGAAGCACUGGUGAAUAAAUUGUGGAAGCGCAUGGAUAAGUUGGAAACUGAAAAGCGGUCACUACAAAUCAAAUUGGAUCAACCGGUGUCGGAUCCAACUAGUGCAAAAGACAUAAAUAGCGAAAAUGGUGAUACGGCUUCGAAUUUAAGUGCGCACAUUCAAACGCUUCGAUCAGAAGUGACAAGACUUCGUAGUAACUUAUCAGCAGCUCAAAAAGAGGCAACGGAAAAGAUGCAACAAUUUGCUCAAGAGGAAAAGUGCAUUCGUGAGGAGAAUUUGCGCCUACAGCGAAAAUUACAAUUGGAAGUCGAACGACGCGAAGCUCUCUGCCGCCAUUUAUCCGAGUCGGAAUCAUCGUUGGAGAUGGAAGAAGAACGAUUUUACAAUGAAAGCGUUUUGGGACAGCGACAGCGUACGAUUAGUAGUCCAGUGCCACAUAGCCCGUCUAGUAGUCGUCCGUUGAGCCCAGGUGGUGGUUUAGGUAGCGGCACACAUUCGAGCCGUUGUUAUUCGUGUGGACAAAUUGUGGGUCGUCGAACCAGUGAACGAUUUAUUAAGCCAGCUAUACCGACACCGGUCGGACUGAACACAUCAGCACCAAAUAUAUUAGCUGCCGGCAGUAACAGCAGUGGAUCAGCAUCACUAAACAAUAGUUUCACAUCAUCGUCCACGUUUCAGUUGCCUAGCAACAAUUGCAUUUCAUUUACUGGCAAUAGUGCAUUCGCUCCAGCUAGUCCAAUGGAUACAUCAGUUUGUAAAGAAUAAUUUCUGAUUAAUUUCCUUCUUUAUUUUUGUCGACCUCAUUCUCCAGCGUAAAGAAAAGCAAACAAUUCGAUCAGUUAAUUUGUUGCGUCGGACUGUUCAUUCAUUGCAUCAAAAACGUAAUCAAAUUUGUUUAUAAAAGACUAGUCAUUGUUAUCCUAUAUGCCUUUUCACAACCAAACACGAGAUAUAACAAAAAAGAAUUCUUUUCAUCUUAAUGCUUAAACACACACACACACACGUCGUAUGUAUCCAUAAAUAUAUAUUACCUUUUCAAAUUUCCUAACUAUUAAUAAAUUCUAAUUAAUUCGUUAAUGAACAGUCCAUUUUGCAUUCGUAAAUAAUAAUGAAAAGAAAGGAAGAAGAAAAUCUUUAAAAAUUGUCCAUUGAAAGGUCGGGUGAAGAGAAUUUUUUUUGUGAUUGUUGAAUCAUUGAACGUCCAAGGCGUUUCGGUGAUUAAAAUUUUACGUUUACUUUCCUUCGAAAAAUAAUUUUGUUAAACAAACGAAAUUUAAGUAAAGGGAAGUAAAUUGAAAAAAAAAAGAGAAAAGAAAUUUUGUUAAAAGAUCUACAUCGAUAAAUUAAAAAUCAAUUUGAGGAAUGAAAACGAAGUAUGGUUUAUUGGUUAUUAAAUUUAUCAUUAUUAAUUAUCAUCAUUAUUAUAUAUUCUUUAAUUGCUAUAUUAAUUAGUGUUGCGUUUAAGUGUAUUAUCAUAAUCUAAUUUGUAUUUUCCUUAUUUUGUUUCUUCGAUUUUCUUACUGUUCAUUUCCACUGAACACACUUCUUCAAUUAUAUUUAAUGUAAUUAACUAACAGAUAGUGAGGCAGACAGAUACAAUCGUUUAUUGAGCUUUGUUACAAUGGGUAGGGUAAUAGCGGAUAUGAUAAGCAGACAGAAUACUUCUAACCUCCCACAACAUUUCUUUAAACAGAUCCCAAGCGUUUAAUAGUGAUUUGUACAACGAGGGAAGAAACGUUGGAAAUUGCAUUUCUAAUGUCUUGUUACCGAUUAAAUGCAAUUUCCAACUUUUUUCCCGAGUUAAACACAACGUUUUUCACAACAAUGGCUCACGAAGUUUCAGCGGUGGGGAGAACUGUUUUCUCGCCUGCGUUGUGAAAAUAAAUUCUUCUAAUACCGGUGAAAACUCUUUAAAGUGAUAUUAUACAGUUAAUGCCAAUCAAAUUUGUGUCUCAUUCAAAGAACACUACUAAGACACCUUCAUACGGGUUUCAUUAUCACUAUCUCGCGGGCCGUAGUUGAAAUAGUUAUUUAAGCAACCGAGUGAUAAAUGUCUUUUUUAGGCACUUAUGUAUGUGCAGAUUGUUACACGACGCCGUAAGCCAAUACAAUACCAAAGCAAUACAAAUCGUGUGCCUAAAAUAGUAAUUAUCCUAAAGGCCUUUUUAUCGAAUGAGAGGAUCCAGCACGAGCCGGAGGAAUCUGAAAUCUAAUUUGAUAAACAAGUCUUUUAACAUAAGUUUAUCCCAGAAUACGUCGGAAAAAGCCGACCAAAUUGCGAUACUUAUACACUAGUUAGGAAAGUUUAACUAUUCGUUACUUAGUUGAGAAAAAAUUAUUUCUUUUGUUCUGGUUUGGGAGCAAUGUCAAAAUGAGCGAAUUUUCAAUUGUUUGAUGUUGCACCCCAAACGUCUCUCAAUCACACAAUAACAUUGUCGUCGAUCAGUUAGACACAAUUUCGGUUGGCAUGGACUGUUCUUUAAGAAUGAAAUUUUCUUUACGUAGCAAAUUUGAUUUUACCUGGAUUGUCAUCUGCCAGAAAUUCUUUUUUACCAUCAUUCGAAGUGUCGACCCUAACAAAAUAAAUCUUUAGAUAGGUUCGUACGACAGGAACAAGUUUCUUCUUUCGAUCGGAAACAGGAGUUCCGUGCCUCGUAGAACAGAUCAUUUUUUUCUCCCUUCUUUACGAUGUGCUUUCAGAAAAGUAUAAAAAGAUUUGAACAAUUUGACACGCAUAUUAAGUUCUGUAUCAUCCGUUUGUUAUUCCAGUAUUGCAUACUAUGCAAAAGCUGGGUUCAUAUACGCCACAUCACAAUACGCUCUGCGCAAUAAUAUUUUUCUCUCACUAAAGAAUUUUCCAUCACUCUUCCUAAAUCUUCGGGAAGCGAAUUUUGAGAUACCAAGUAAUCUUCAUCUUUCUGAAGAGAACUAAAAAAAAUGAAAUAAAAACAACAACAGUCCUCCCAUGGACCUUUUCUGUAUUCAAUCAUCAAUUUCGAUCCAAACCAUUUGAACUGACAUGGGCUGGGCUUUAAUCACCCUCAAGUUGGAACUGGAUGAAUUUUUCCGUAUUCCAACUACAUUUUUUGUUAUGUGAUAUACCUGCAUCUUUAUGUUUGAGUUUUAACCAUAAUUAUUAUCU